AUUCCUUUCUUAAUCUUUUUGUAUUUUUAUUUCCCUCCUAAAAACCGUAACCCUAAGCCUAAGAAACAAGAAUCUGCAACCUCUCAAAUGCUACUCUGGGUGUGAUUCGAUGGAAAACAGAAUUGAUAAUCUUGACAGAAUAUCGGCAUUGCCGGAUGAAAUAUUGCACCAUAUUAUGUCAUUCGUGUCACCGAAACAAGCUGUUCGAACUAGUGUAUUGUCUAAAAGCUGGAAAGAAACAUGGCAUACAUGUCCGAUAUUAGUACUUGAUGAUGAUCAGACUCGCGAUCGAUUUGCAAGGGCAAAAGAGGUGUUGAAGUGUAUGGAACAAACUUUACUAAACCGUCACAUGGAGAUGAUAAGUUUAACGAAGCUCAUGAUUAGCCUGUUGUUCUUUUGGGAUGAUGAAUUUGCAGCAUUGGUAGAUCGAUGUGUUUGCUUUGCAAUUGGAAGUAAUGUCAAUGAGCUUGGACUUCGAUUUCCAAUUUUCAGGGUAGGAUACAAUUUGCCUCAAAUUGUUUUUUGUGCAAAAUCAAUUAAUGUGUUAGAGUUGUAUCGCUGUAAUCUGUCCCGUCCAAGAAUUGGUGUGCAGUUGUCUUUGAGAAAAUUGUGUCUGGUGGGUGUUUAUGUAGAUGAUCAAAUGAUUGAGAAUCUCUUUGCUAGGUGCCCAUUGAUUGAGUAUCUGACGAUUGAAUCAUCUGAAGGCUUUAAAAGCCUAGAGCUAUUUGGUCUUAGCGAGCUCCAUGAAGUCAAGAUAAGCAACAAUGAUGAACUCGAAAAGGUGGAGAUCAAUGCAUUGAAUGUUCAUUCAGUAACUAUUACUGAUAUGAAAACACGUGUGAUCAAUAUAGCCUUUUGUAAGAAUCUGAAAUUCUUACUAUUAUCAGAGCUUUCAAUAAAGGAUGAUUGGUUAUGUAGUGUAAUUUCAGAUUUUUCACUGCUCCAGUUCUUAAGCAUAACUUCUUGUGAUGAGUUAAGGAGUAUCAAAAUUUCAAGUCCUAGUCUUAAGGAAUUGGUCAUCAAUGGAUCUGAUUUGGUUGAAGUAAAGCUUGAGACUCCUAAUUUAAGCAAAUUCAAAUUUUCGGGUCAUCCAAUAUCCUUUACCUCAAAUGCUAUGGCUUUGUCAGAAACUGAUCUCUACGUCUGUGGUAAUGAUGAUGAUAUUCAGGUUGAUAUUCAGGUUUUAGUUAAGUAUAUUGAACUUCUUGCGAACUUUAAUCGGUGUUCUGAAGUGCUAAAUUUGCAACAUUGCACGGGUGCGAGAAUGGAGGCAAAUCUUACAUCCCCCUUUAUGCGGUGUCAAACAUUUGAACCUCAAAAUAGAUGA